UAGAAGGCAUGGCGGCGUGCGUGCGUCGUUUUCAGCCUUGCAAUGCCGUACGCAUCGGCAACCUGCUGCACGUGGACGCCAGGACACGGCUGGACGACGAGUACAGGACGCUUUUCGAGGGAAGCCUCGCGGGAAAGGUCCGGACGACCGAAGCCGCCUCCGAGAAGGGAGCCGCGACCGCCAAGGACAUCGGAGACUCGACAAACCGCUGGGCCUCCGAGCUCACCGACGGCGCCGUGACGAGAGUCUUCGGAUGGCCGGGAGCCGCCGAAGCCGCCCCGAAUGCCCAGCAGGAACCCGCGAAGCACGCAGCAAGCACGGAGAUGACGGCGCAGCUGCCGGAGCCCCUGUCCACGUGCCUGGUAAACCUGGUGUACCUGAACGGCAGCUGGGAGGAAGGCUUCACGGGGGCGGGCGAGCUGCCCUUCUACGCCGAGCCCGACCGCGCCCAGAUGGUGCCCAUGAUGACGCAGCGCGGUGCCGAGAUGCCCUACGUGCGGCGGCCAUCUUUCUCGUGCCUGCAACUGCCGUUCGCCUGCCAAUCGUCGCACAUGGCGCUGUUCGUGCCCUCACUCCGGUCGGGCGGCGUGGAGCAGGAACUGCUGCCGGCCAUCGGACGAUGGAGCGACAUGAGGGCCGUGCUGGACGCGCUCGCCUGGAGCACUGACGUCACGGUCACGCUGCCUAAGGUGCUGCUCGAGUCGCCCACCAUGGACCUGCGCAAGUGCCUGAAGACGCUGGACCUCAACCGGUCUUCAUUCUCGACAGAUGUCUCCGGUUCGGCGCCAAACGCGACGGCAGAGGGCGGCGUCGCCGCCGCCUCCGAGGCGACGUCCAACGCCGCGAGCGUCUCCUCGGACGGCCGCGGCGCAAACGUCCAGAGCCUUCGAGUGGAAGGCCUGUACCACAAGGCGACGCUGGACCUGACCACCAGAGGUGGCAGGUCGCCUCCGGGAUUCUCCACCCUCCUGUCUCUUUGUUCGACGAUUCCGGCCAACGAACCGGUGCGGUUCCUCGUGGAUCGGCCCUUCGUGUUCGCCGUGCUCGUGGAAGGCCUCCUGCUCAUGGUAGGCCUCGUCAGGAGCGUCCACAGUAGGAACUAG